AAAAACGAAAAAUAUCUAAAAAUACAUACAGCACCGAACCAAAUAAAGGUGUGAAUGACGAAAAGCCGUUUCUUACUACUCUUCAUCGUUUUCUUCUCUCUGUCCCUCUUCAAUUCCUCUCUGAUCGCCAGUGAUUUAGGGUUCUGCAACGAAGACAUGGCUUUACUCGGAGGCGUUCGCGAUGUUCCUGCUAAUCAGAACAGUGGUGAGGUCGAGAGCCUCGCUCGUUUCGCUGUUGAUGAGCACAACAAGAAAGAGAAUGCACUUCUUGAGUUUGCGAGAGUGGUGAAAGCUAAAGAACAAGUUGUAGCCGGAACAAUGCAUCACCUGACUCUGGAGAUUCUCGAUGCAGGGGAGAAAAAGCUUUACGAAGCCAAAGUGUGGGUGAAGUCAUGGUUGAACUUUAAGGAGUUACAGGAGUUCAAGCCUGCCGCCAGUGAUGCCCCUGCAAUCACUCCCUCCGAUCUUGGCUGCAAACAAGAUGAACAUGAAUCUGGAUGGAGGGAAGUUCCAGGAGAUGAUCCAGAAGUGCAGCACGUUGCUGAACAUGCUGUCAAGACUCUCCAGCAGAGGUCUAACUCCUUGUUCCCUUAUGAACUUCUGGAGGUUGUGCAUGCUAACGCUGAGGUAACCGGCGAGGCUGCCAAAUACAACAUGCUGCUGAAGUUGAAGAGGGGAGAAAAAGAGGAAAAGUUCAAGGUGGAAGUUCACAAGAACCAUGAAGGUGCUCUUCACUUCAACCGCAUGGAGCAACACCAUGACUAGUCCCUCUCCCCUGUUUAUGUACUUUUAAGUGUUUACUCAACUUUGUAAGAUGUUUUAACUUCUGAUGUAAACCAUAAACCCUUAAAUAACAUAUCAGGAGAAUAAAAUUAAGUUUUAUAAA